AUGGGAAACUACUGGGGAUUAAGAGUGAUACUGAUAAGCAUGGUGGUGGUGGUGGUGCCGAUAAUGGCUGCGAUGGGAGAUCCGAUGCUGCACAAGCUAUACGAAUGGUCUGCUCAUGAGCAAUUCUUUCUUGGCGAUUGGCUCCUAUUCAACUUUGACAAACGAUACUUCAACGUUCUGGAGGUGAACGAGACGAGCUACGAGAAUUGCAGAGACGAAGGGUUCGUGAAAAACUUGACGCGUGGUGGGAGAGAUGUGGUGCAGUUGACAGAGGCAAGGACACACUACUACCUCUCUAGCGGAGGCUAUUGCUUUCAGGGUAUGAAAGUCGCCGUCACCGUCCAACACGGCCACCGCGAAGCAGCUCCUGCGCCGUCUCCCUCUCACUCUUCUGCGUCUUCUGCUUUCUCCAUGGGUUACUGUCCAUUUAUUCAGGAUAAUGAAUCCAACAGGAAAGAGGAGUUGGUAUCAGUUCGUGACCCAAGGGCCCUGACAUUCUCUUUGUUUAGAGGUUGGCGCCCGGGAGGUGCAAUUAAAGUAUAUGCGCCGACUUUCACAGCACAAGCCCACGACGGCAAAAGAUCAUCUAGAUGA